AUGGCGAACGGAAUGGACACAGUCGUGCAACAAAAUGGUGGAGCCACCCUCGGGCAGGCCUCGCAGGAAGAAUCCAAGACGAAUCUCAUUGUAAAUUAUUUGCCACAGAGCAUGACACAGGAUGAGAUUCGAUCUCUCUUCUCGAGCAUAGGCGAGGUGGAGAGCUGCAAUUUAACGUGUUGGUACUUUUCCCAUGUUACAGGUCAGAGUUUAGGUUACGGUUUUGUUAACUAUCACCGGCCUGAGGAUGCUGAGAAGGCGAUAAACACGCUCAAUGGUCUUCGUCUGCAAAACAAAACGAUCAAGGUAUCGUACGCGAGACCGAGCAGCGAGGCGAUCAAAGGCGCAAAUCUGUACGUGAGCGGUUUGCCGAAGAACAUGACGCAACAAGACCUGGAAAAUUUGUUCAGCCCAUAUGGCAGAAUCAUCACGUCGCGGAUACUUUGCGACAACAUCACCGGAUUGUCGAAAGGGGUCGGUUUCAUAAGGUUCGACCAGCGGGUCGAGGCCGAGAGAGCGAUCCAAGAAUUAAACGGUACCAUUCCGAAGGGCUCGUCCGAGCCGAUCACCGUCAAGUUCGCCAACAAUCCGAGCAACAACAACAAGGCGAUACCGCCGUUGGCCUAUCUGGCACCGCAGGCGACCCGACGAUAUGGCGGCCCGAUCCACCAUCCAACCGGCCGCUUCAGGUACAGCCCGCUGGCAGGCGAUCUCUUGGCGAACUCGAUGCUACCCGGGAACGCGAUGAACGGUUCUGGUUGGUGUAUCUUCGUGUACAACCUCGCCCCAGAGACCGAGGAGAACGUGCUGUGGCAGUUAUUCGGUCCGUUCGGCGCCGUCCAAUCGGUCAAAGUGAUUCGCGACCUGCAGACGAACAAGUGCAAAGGCUUUGGUUUCGUGACGAUGACCAAUUAUGACGAGGCCGUGGUCGCCAUCCAGAGCUUGAACGGCUACACGCUCGGUAACCGAGUCCUUCAAGACGACAAGCAACGGCAUCAGCAACACCACCACGAUCACCAUCAUCAGGCAGCAGCGGUAGCAGCAGCAGCAGCAGAAACGGUAGCAACAGCAACGCCAGCUGUGGCAACAGCCGCGGCCAUGAUCGGUCAAGCGACCGCUGCCAAGGCAGUGCUUGGUACAACGACCGCAGCAGCCACGGUGGUCGCCGCGACAGCGACCGCUGCUGCUGCGGCCGCGGCUGCGGCUGCGGCUGUGGUCACGCCCGCGACC